AGCGAAAUCAGAUUAAUCUCGGUCUGACUGGCAGUAUAAAAGUGGUCCCAAGCGGAAACCGGCCCGUCAGACGAUAAGAUCCUUUCCGCCGCCUGGGGACCCAAAGUUUUGCUCGGUGUUGUUGCUUGCUCAAAGUGUUUGAAGAUGAAGUGUUUAGUGUUGAUUGUGGCCGCGUUGGCAGUUGGAACUCAUGCCUUCUUCACCCCGCAGCAGGUCGAGUUCGCCAAGAAGCUGUCGGCGGACUGCGAGGCCGAGGUGGGCGACGGUCUGCCGGAGAACAUCGGCGAGCGCUUCCGGAUGGGCGACCUCACCCUAACGGACGACAAAUCCAAGUGCUACAUGCGGUGCAUCUUCGGCAAGGUAAACUUCCUGGACCGGGAGACGGGCGUGAUCAACAAGGAAACUCUAGCGCUGAAGCUGGCCAAGGGCAGCACCCAGGAGAAGGCGGAACGAUUCGCCGUGCGGUGCGGCUCGUUUGAGGGUGCGAACGCGUGCGAAAAGGCCCACGGGCUGUACGAGUGCUACUUCACCAAAAAGGACGAGUACUUUGCCUAAUAAUGUUCAAGUUUUUGCUGGAUGUUGAAUAAAACCCUUCUCAACUCGAUAAAA